AUGAAAAAUAUAAAUACCAAUGCAAGGCACCAUUUUCAUAACCCCACAAGCACCUAAUAAAGCACUUAGCCUUCGCACUAGACCUAGAUUAAUGACUAUUGCACAUUUAAUCCAGGCAACAAAGAAAAUAAUCUGAAUACCCCCAAUAUCAAAUUGUGCUAGUAGAAUCAGCAAAGUUCAAAUUAUUGUCAGAAUUAUGGGAACAAGCCUCUUCACGUUCAGCACUACUAGAUUCUUUCCCCAUUCCCAGUAAACUAAGGCAUUCAGUAAUCUCCCUUUGAAUAUGAUAAACUUUAGAAAAAGUACAAACAGAAGCUGAAGUAUGAAUUCCCUAAGGAGUUCUUCAAUACACCUUCAGCAAAUUAGACGCCAUAAACAGUCAGGAAAGAUUCCUCACACAAUAAUUUGGAGGAAGGCGAUGAAGAUGAUGACGACAUUUCAAUAUCAAUAGAGUUUAUUUAGAAUGAAUCAAAUUAGAGCACAGUCGUAAAGCAAUCUCGGAACGCCCCAAUCAACUAAGCUUAUUUAAACAAGUCCUCCUCUUUUGUCAACAUCGGUGACACUACUGAUAUAUCACCCAUUAUCGAAUAUGUUCCUUAGCUUAUUUCUUCAAAUCUAAUGAGCAAAAAUAUGAUUAAUGUUAAGAGUGAUGCAAAUACCAAUAACACUUAGAGGAAACUAGAAUCAUAUUUUGAUAAUCCUUAGAUUAUGAGCUUAGCGAAUUCUGUUUACCAAGACUAAUCAACAAAUUUUAACACUGGUAAUCUGUAAACCAUGGACAGAGAUAUUUCAAAUGAGUUUCAAAUGAAUAAAUAGCAAAUUUAAAAAUCAAAUAAUCAGAUUGAUAGCAGUAAUUAGCUUAGUUUCUUGAGAAUGCCUGAUAGUUUUAGAGAUAAUAUGACUACUCUAGAAUCAAAUUAUAGUAAUACCAAUAAUGGAAAGGACAACAAGUUAUUGUAUGAUAAGGGGGAGUUUCAGAAGUACAGAGAAGAAGUCAAGGCUUUGUAAAGCAAUGAGAUGUCAAAUAAAUCCACAACUAGAAGAGAUAACAAGAGUCAGAUUGAAAAUUAGAAGACUCAAAAUAGGCUUAGUUUUGAUAAUGUCAAUCAAAAGUCGCUUGAAUAAAAAUAGAUAUUGAAAUUUUAUCUUGAGUUAAGAUAAGAAACCAAAACGUAAAUGGAAUAAAGAAGAUAUUCAUAGAAUCAGACAAGUAAACCUCUAAACUCUAAAGCUAAUCACUAUGUAUCUUCGAAGGAGAAACUUGCAUAUCAAUCUAAACUUCAAUAAUAUGAGUUAAAUUAAUCUAAUAAAGCAUAAAAUGAGAGAUCAAAAUCAAAGCAUAAAUUUGUUUCUGACACUUAAUCGCAAAAAAGAAAUUUGACCAACUCAACAGUUAGUUCUAAAAGCAAACAACAGCACUAAUCUAAUACUUUCGAAAACAAAAGAUACUCUGCUAUCACAUGUAGUCAACCAAUAUCCAAAAGUUUUAUCUCAAACCCCAAUUUAGAUUUGUCGAAUGGAAACCUAAAAUCAACGUUAAAGUAUCAGAAAAAUGACUCUCAACUUCAAUCAAACACAAACAGCAAUAGUAGUACUCUUGACUUCAACUCUAAAUUAGGUCAAAGAAUGAAGAAAUGUAUUGAGUCAAGUGGAACCAGCAUCAAUCGUAAUGCCACCAGAAACAUCCCAAAUAACAAAUUCAGUCAUUUACAGAUUAAUCAUAAUAUCUCAUAUCAACAGCAAUAAAUCCCAUUGACGAUGCCAUCAUCAACACUAAUAACUAAGAGGUUCUCUAAUGCUCCAAGCAAUCAUUAAUCUCAUGUAAACAGUUAAACUGUUUAUGAUAAGAUGAACUCCGCAACUAAUAAAUAUGCUAGUGAUGCAAUAAACUAGAGUAAUCAUAAUAAAAGUUUAAUGAUUGCACCAUCAUCCACAAAAUCUAAACACUUUGAGACUUCACGAACUUCUAUUAGCACUAGUAGCAGUAGAACCGCCAAACUCAUACAGCAUCUGGAGAAGUAUAGUGCUGUUAACAUGAACACAUUCAAUGGAGGCGCAGCUACUUAUCAAAGUAGUAACAUGAGUCACGGAGGUAUAAGCUCAAAUCAUUCUAUCAAUAUGGGGAAUUAAAGCAAUAAUAUGAGUAUGGGAGGAAUCGAUAAAGCAUUGAAUGAGACUAUUAUUAUGCAGAAAGCUUUCAAAGAAUUAUACUUGCAAAGAGAAAGAUUAAGGCAACAAAUUAAUAAGUAUUGA